CGUGAAAAUGAUGUUCAAAGAGCGUUGGAAUAUUUCGAAAAAGCUCAUGAAGCAACCGACAAUAAGGAUCUGAAAUCUCAGUGUGAAUAUGCAAUUUGUUGUUGCCAUUUCUAUAUGAAAAAUCCCGCAAAAUCAUUGGAACAUCUUCACAAAUCAUUACAACUCAAAAUCAGUUUCAUUGAUAAUGAAGAUGAAGGAAAUGAGCAAUUAACUAGGAACGAUCGACUUGACAAAGCACUUCUAGAAUGGUUUUGCGGAGAAUCAAUUGAUUCGCUGGAAACCAUGCAAGUGAUCGCUGAUGAGUGCUGUGAUGAGCGCGUAGCAAUGGCACUAGAUGAAACAUGUUUAUAUGAGGUGCUGGAAUGUGGAAAAUUUGUUGGUGUACCAUUGUUACACGCCAAAAUGAUGCAUGGCGAUUUUGAUCGUGCAAAAAAUAUUAUUGAUGAAAUGUACAAAAACAGAAGCGACCGUAAUAUUGCAUCAAUUAUCGAUGAAGCGAUCGUUCUUUGGAAUCGAAACGAAAUUCAGGAAUGUGUCACUCUUCUCGACGAGUAUUUACGCAGAUUUCAAUACAUCGAUGAUAGCGAACAACAGCAAAUUGAUACCAGUUAUAACGGUGCUACAAAUGGCCCUAACAUUGAUAAUGAAGCAAACAUUGAUACCAAUGAGAUCAGCAUACUUGCAAUGCACAACAAUGCAAAUGAACUGUUAAAACUUGUGAAUCUGAUUUUGAUAGUGUGCAUAAUCAAUCCGAACAAUGAAGAUUCUGUUGUUGAAGCGUUAGCAAUAGCUGAACGUUUUGUAUGCGAUCAGUUGAAACGCUCAAAUCCAUUAAUGGGUACUCAAACAAAUGUCAGCGCAGAAUCAACAAGACAGUGUUUGCGUAGAAUUCAGCAAACAUCUCUUUAUUGCUUUCGAGUUGAGCGAUUCGUAUUAUGCUGGUAUAAACAACAAGGUGACCAGCUACGAGUUUUUUUCAUCACCGAAGCCAAUCCAACGAAUCAUCUUUCGAAAUUUUAUGCGCAUUUUUUGGAACAGUUUCUAUUGAGCAGUAAAUUAAAGUGUUAUGAGUUGAGUGAAUUCGAGAAACUCAAAUCAGAAGCGAACGUCCUCAUAAAUGUCGAUUCGUUUGGUGGUGUGCAAUAUGAGAACAGAAUCGCUUUACACAGUGUUGCAAAAUGCUCUACAACAAGAACUGAUCGGAAAAUUUGCCUUCUGAUUGCCACUGACGAUCGAAAUUCUCUUCAAAUCGAUCAUGUUCACUGCUUGAAUGAAGAUGAUCUCAUCUGGAAGCUGCAGGUAUGCUCACUGGCUCUUCUUGACUGUUCACGACUAAAAAUGGACUCAUUCUCGAUUCUGCAAUAUCAAUUGAGCAUCAAUAUUGCCAUUGUGCUCAAUGAUCCAUGUGAAAAAGUAACGAAAGCUUUGUUGAUAGCAGGUGCUGAAUGUGUUGUAAACAUCAACAGUGAAUUCAACGAACACCUUAAAAUUGUUCUGCAAAAACUUAUAAACGGUGAUUCCUUGGAAAAUUGCUUGGGAAAUCUAAGAGGUAGUCCACUACGAUUGUACGGUAAUCGUAAUGCCAUUUGCCAUUCAAAUGCUCUGCAGUCAUGGAGAAAAGCCGUAAUAUCAACUGAAAAUUUGGAUGGCAAUGAUUUGAUAAAUGUUGAAUAUCCUCAAUAUGUUGAACUUGUCGAAGAAUUGAAACGAUUACCACCUCAACGAUACUCACGUAUCAUAGAUCUAAUGCAGUCAAACAAUACUCAGCAAAUUUAUGCGUUUAUGAAUGAAUUGGAAAAUGAAUUGGAACAGUUGACUUCCAUUGAGGGUUCCACUUCUUGUUUUCUUACGACCGUGCAAUCAAAUGACCGAGCAAGCGAUUGCAACGGUGAGAUUAAGGGGUUGAUUGCACUUUGCAAGCGUGUUUUUGAUGAUCACCUGUAUGGACUAGACGAUACAGACUCGAUGCAUUUCGAAGAUGCCCAUCUGAACGAGUUGAUGAAAUCGUUCGCAUUGAAAGAAAGGGAAGUUAAGAGAAGGCGACGGAGAAGGAAAUGUUCAGUCGCAAGAAAAUGCUGGUCUGAAGGCGAAGGGUCUGCUCGAUGUUCACUCUCCGAAAGUAAUACCGAUACUGAGGCAGUUAUUAUCGAUAUCGAAGUCGAGAAAUAUGUUUAA